CCUAUAUAAGAAGUGAAUGCUCAUAUUUGGUUCAUUGCAUAACUUCCUCCCAUUAUCUGCAAAACCAACGUCACUUGUUUCAGGUUAAGAUGUCAGAGAACGGAGAGUUCAGUUUUGCGAGUAAAGGUGAAAGUGGACGCAACCAGCUACCCAAAAUCCAAACUAUCAAGAAGGAAACGCAAGUUUGUCACGAUGACAGUACACCUCCGGUGAAGGCACAGACAAUCGACGAGCUUCACUCUCUUCAGAAGAAGAGAUCAGCACCCACCACUCCCAUCAAAGGCUCCGAGGGACCUUUCUCUGUCACCAUCUCCGAAGAGGAACGCCAAAAGCAGCAACUCCAGUCCAUAAGUGCUUCAUUGGCAUCUUUAACGAGAGAAACUGGACCAAAGGUGGUGAAAGGGGACCCCGCAAGAAAGGCUGCAUCAGAGAGCAACAAGGUGACGCUUGUUCCCAGCCAUUACACUCCAACACCCAAUAUUAGUGACAGUGCGCUCAAGUUUACUCACAUUCUGUACAACCUCUCCCCUGCUGAACUUUACGAGCAAGCCAUUAAGUACGAGAAAGGAUCAUUCAUAACAUCUACGGGUGCUAUUGCCACAUUAUCCGGUGCAAAGACAGGCCGCUCGCCAAGAGACAAGCGUGUGGUUAAGGACAAAACCACCGAAGAUGAGCUUUGGUGGGGAAAAGGUUCACCUAAUAUUGAAAUGGACGAACAUACUUUCUUAGUGAACAGAGAACGUGCUGUUGAUUAUUUGAACUCAUUGGAUAAGGUCUUUGUGAACGAUCAAUUUCUCAACUGGGACCCAGAACACCGGAUCAAAGUCCGAAUUGUGUCUGCCAGAGCUUAUCAUUCUUUGUUCAUGUACAACAUGUGUAUACGACCCACUCCUGAAGAGCUGGAGAAUUUUGGUACUCCGGAUUUCACAAUAUACAAUGCCGGGCAAUUUCCUUGUAAUCGUUACACCCACCAUAUGACUUCCUCUACUAGCAUAGACAUAAAUCUUUCCAGGAAAGAAAUGGUCAUCCUUGGCACCCAGUAUGCUGGGGAAAUGAAGAAGGGUCUUUUCAGCCUAAUGCAUUAUCUCAUGCCUAAACGUCAAAUCCUCUCCCUACACUCUGGCUGCAAUAUGGGCAAAAAUGGAGAUGUUGCUCUUUUCUUUGGACUAUCAGGAACUGGGAAGACAACUCUGUCUACUGAUCCUAACCGGUAUUUAAUUGGAGAUGAUGAACACUGCUGGAGUGAGAAUGGUGUGUCAAACAUUGAAGGCGGUUGCUAUGCCAAAUGCAUUGAUUUGUCAAAGGAGAAGGAACCUGAUAUCUGGAACGCCAUCAAGUUUGGGACUGUGCUAGAAAACGUUGUGUUUGAUGAGCAUAGUCGAGAAGUGGACUACAGAGAAAAAUCUGUUACAGAGAACACUCGGGCCGCAUAUCCAAUAGAAUAUAUCCCCAAUGCCAAGAUACCUUGCAUUGGUCCUCAUCCGAAGAAUGUAAUCCUUCUGGCGUGCGACGCAUUUGGUGUACUCCCACCAGUGAGCAAGUUGAGCUUGGCACAGACCAUGUACCACUUCAUCAGUGGCUACACUGCUCUAGUUGCUGGGACAGAGGAGGGCGUGAAACAGCCACAGGCAACAUUCUCAGCGUGUUUUGGUGCAGCAUUUAUAAUGCUGCAUCCCACCAAGUAUGGGGCCAUGCUGGCUGAAAAGAUGCAGAAGCAUGCAGCUACAGGAUGGCUGGUUAACACUGGCUGGUCAGGAGGAAGCUAUGGAUCGGGUAAUCGUAUUAAGUUAGCUUACACCAGAAAGAUCAUUGACGCAAUACAUUCUGGAGCACUUUUGAAGGCGAAUUAUACCAAGACUGAAGUGUUUGGACUUGAGAUUCCAACAGAGAUUCAGGGAGUGCCUUCAGAGAUCUUGGAUCCACAGAACAUUUGGUCAGACAAUAAUGCCUAUAAGGGCAGCCUCUUGAAGCUAGCAGGUCUUUUUAAGAAUAAUUUUGUUGGCUUCAUGGAUCACAAGAUUGGGGAAGACAACAAGCUGAGUGCGGAGAUCCUAGCAGCUGGUCCAAUAUAUUAAAUAGAGAACAGUUGGAAGACAAUGGACGAAUAAAUAAGAUUUUACACACAAUAUAUUCACUCUUGAAUCCAAUUCAUAAAAACUUACUGUGCUUUUCUUAGCACAGUAUGUAAUCUUGCUGAGCUGCAAAUCAACAUUUAUUUAUAGGUUUUGAAUUUAUCUUUGAUUGGAUUGGCUAGACAAUUUGCAGGACUUUCAUCACAGGUAGUGCAGUUUGUAUUCAAAUGGUCAUUGACUAUGUGAGGCCCAGAUAUUAUUUCAUGGACAAUGUAAAUUAUCCUAUAUAAUAUUAAA